AGAGCUUAUACGGAGCAAAUCGAAAAGAGACUUGACGAGAGAGAUGUGGUACAAGGUCGGGUGUUCUGGCUGCCGUCCAGAGAAGAACUUCCUGAGCGUGCAGUGAGGAGAGCCCAUGGGAAAGGUGCAAUCGAAGAAGGCAUAUACAACCACCCAGUAGUUGUCGUGUCUAGGCCAGCGGAGGAAGACAAUGUGGUACACUUCCAUCUUAUAACUUCGUUGCAGGGCAAAAAGCUCGAUCAGUUAUACAACAAAGCCAACGAAUUCCACGCCAGUCGACGGUCGUGGUAUUUGCCCAUCUCACCUACUCCAGAUCAUCCCGAUGCCACCUCAAAGAAGUCCAGGAAACGCUUUCCAACACUCGAACUUGCGAAUGGUGCCACUCUGCGAUGGGAUUCCUACGUGAACAUUCGACACGUCUACAAAAUCGACUGGUCGCUUCUGAGGACAUACGCAAACUCGGAAACUCCACACACGCAGCUCUUUGAAUUUGAGGGCGAGUCGAUGAGGAGGCUGUUGGCCAAGAGUAAAUUCUUGACCAUGUACGAGUCCGGUCCACAAUUGCCGAGCCUGAGCUUGCAAAAGUCAGUGUCGAUGCCA